AUGGUCUGGCAACGCCAGCCGUCAUCAACAAGCUAUCAGGAAGCCACCACCCGUCAUCAACGCUCUUGCACCGAGCCGAACUCACAAACCACCAUCAACAAUCCACUCUCUCUCAGAGGAAUAAGCUUAAAGAAAGCUAUUUCUUUCCAUGAAAAUGACUACACUUCACAAGGUCGAAGGAUUCAUUCUGCUGCACCUUUAAAAUGGGAUCUAAAUGCAAUCGAGGAUAAACACGGCAGUAAUAAUAUGCACACUGUGCUCGACGUUGUGGUCGUGACCAGCCUGGUCAAUCACCGGUCUAAUGUUCUGCGAAUCUCCUUCACAAAAACUAAUCUGAUAUCUGGCGAUAAUGUCGUCCGCCGAUGA